AUGAGCGGGAAGACCCGUCUGGUGCAAGGGCCUCCCUCCCUCCCGUACAUCCCUGGCGGCGAUCUUUGUGGCACCGUCGUGGAGGUCUCCGAGGGCGAGACACAGUUCAAAGUUGGUGAUGUCGUCGCUGCCAUGUUCGACACUGCUGGACCCCGUGGCGCCCUUGCCGAGUAUAAAGUCGUCAAGGCCGAGAAUGCUGCCUUGAAGCCUAAGAGCUUAAGCUUCGAGGAUGCUGCCGCCUUGCCGUCGAGCGCGCUGACGGCGAUGCUCCUGUGUGAGAGGUACGUCCGCAAGGGCGACCGUGUGCUGGUGCUCGGUGGAGGGGGCGGCGUCGGCUGCCACGUACUGCAGCUCCUGAAAGCGCAUGGAGCAAGCUACGUGGCUGCCACUUGUACAGACAAGGACCUGCUCCGCUCCCUGGGUGUUGACCGGGCCGUUGAUCGGACAGAGGAGAACUGGUGGGAGAUUGCGGAGUUCAAAGAAGCUCCCUUCGACCUUGUAGUAGAUCUCUACGGCACCCACGAGCCGUGGAAGCAUGCCAGCAGCUCUGGCACUGUGAAGUCCGGACGCCUUGGUGGCCGCUACGUGACGACCGUUGGUGACACGCCGUAUAUGGUCUUUCGCCAUUGGUGGCACAUCUUCAAGCUCAUGUACGACAUGACGGCUCGAGGAAUCUGGACGCGCCUCUCCCGUGGAAACCCCCGGUGGAUUUACCAUCUCGGCCUA